GUCUUCCAGCCAGAGUGCACGCACAUGGCAGCACAAUGCACGUCGCGACUGGACAGGGCUUGCGUCAAUACGCACUUGGCGGAGCAGCUGUACCGUUCGUGGUCUUGCGCUGCCCUGGACUGGUGCCCGAAACUGUCCACGCAUCGCCCGAUUGAGGUGGCGCGCCGAUCGGCUCCAGACUGCGCUGCCCAGCGGCUGCAGAUCCCAACGGCCCCAUCCCGUUGCAGGGACUGGGCCCCGCAAGUGGCUCAGCGCUGGCUGCAGCUCCGCCGUGAGGAUGAUCUUCCAGACACCUCGCACCGGCGCCUCCUACUCCUCAAGCGCGCCAUAUGCCAGGUGAGCAGGGAGGCCUCUUCCAAGGGACUUUCGCCUCAGGCCGAAACUUCAGAGGACCGCCUCGGCGCGGCCAUCCGGUGCCUACGAGCGGCGGAGGCCGGGCGCCCGCUUGCGGUCGAGCGUGCAAUCCGGGAGUGUCCGGAGAUCGCGCGGCGCGCGGCUGCUUCGGAUCUGAUUCGGGGGUCCGCGGACGCUGUGGAGCGUCUCCAGGACUUCAUCGUCGAGCUGGCGCGUGCCGACAUCGUCGAUGGACUGCGCAGGGACUUGCCGCAGCUCUCCGAUUCAGCAGCCGCUGCCAGGCGCGAGCGCAUAGCUGCCAAAAUCCGGCGGCUCAAGCCUGGGAGCACCGCUCAAGUACGGGCCUUUCGAUGCCAGGACGGGUCGAUCGCCGCGAGCCCAGAGAGCAUCGCUGCUGCGCUGGCAACGCAUUGGCGACAUGUGUUCGCCGGUCAGGACAUAGACCAGGCAAUGCUGGCGAGCUGGCUUGCCGAAGCCGACCCGACGUGGGCGAGAGAUCCGCUCCCUCAGGCGGCAGCGUCCUGGGCGGUGACGCGGGCAGAUGUGGCUUGGGCAGUCCGCGCCGCGCAGAACUCGCCGCAGGGCCCUGACGGUAUCCCAAUUUUUCGGUGGAAGCGUUUGGGAAGGCUGGCCGUGGAUGUUUUGCACGACGCCGCCGUGGGUUUGAGUUCGCCUUCUGCUGCCGCGGACAUCCGCGAGGCGUACCAGGCGGCCUUCCCCUCCGUGUCCCACAGCUUCUUGCAGGGUUGCCUGGAAGGCUUUGGCGUCCCAGAAGCAGCCAGGACUGCACUUCGCGCAUUCUAUUUCGACAGUGCGUGCAAAGUCUCGGCCGGCGGGGCCCUGUGGGACGGAUUCCUUAAGAUGUCUGGUAUUCGUCAGGGGUGUCCACUAUCCCCGCUUCUCUUUGCGGCGUGUAUGGACCUCUUUCUGCACGUCCUCCAGCGCCGCCUGGGCGCGAACUGUCUGAUUCGCGCCUUCGCCGACGACGUGGGGUUCGUUAUUGACGGCGUUUCGGCCCAGCUUCCAGUGCUGGCCCGCGCAUGGGGCAAUCUCUCGAGCAUGCAGCUGACUUCGGAGAAGAUGGUCGGCAUCCCCCUCUGGGAGCAGCCGAUGGAUGCCGUGCGCGAGGUGGUGGCGGCUGCCGCGCCCGCGUGGUCGGCGCUCCCGUUGCGGGCAGAUGCAACCUACCUGGGAUGCGUGAUUGGCCUUGGGAAGGUCGGCAAAGAGUGGGACAGAGCAGCUGCGCGAUUCCAAGAGCGGGUGGCAGGGAAUUGGGUGCUGGCAGAAGACUUGUGGAGGCUGGACACGCACUACAGUGCGCCUCGGGCAUUUGGGCGCCUGGGCCACCUCGCCCGCGCGGCGCAACUCCGUGCCGCGGCGCACCGGGACCUUCGGCUUGGAGCCCACGGGCUCGCAGGCAUGCUGCGCGGCGCGCGGGUUGCGUGGGCCGACGCCGCUUACCGUGCGCGCGGCGCUCUCUGGGCAGAGUGGCCGCAGGCCUCCGUGCUCGGCGUGCUCGUCAGCAACCAGGAGUCCAUGCGUAGCAGUGGCAUCACGGCGGAGCGGGCGGUAGCUGCUCUGGCGGGCGAGAAUGAGGACAACCUCACCGCCGAGCAUUCGGCUGCCACGCGGCACAGCUUGCAGGCGGAGCUGCGGCGCGACCUGGCACGGCGGGAGCCCGAGAGGGUGCAUUUCCGGUUUCGCCACGAGCUGUCGUACUGGAUUAUGCCGGGUUUCCCGCGCAUCCUUGCGGAGAGAUUCCCGACUGCGCGGUCGCCGGUCGCGGCUCCGGCGUUUGGUGCCGCCGCGGGUGAUCGCGGCCACUUUUCGGACCGCAUUGAAUGGGUGGUGCACGGCAAGGCGCGCGACGACGACAAGCUCGCUCUCGCGGCUUUAGGCGUGCAUGCCGUCUAUCGGGCUACGAACGUGGCGCGGCAGAUCGGGGGGCUGUCCUCCGCAGCUGCGGAGCGCUCUCUGCAGCAGUCCUUGCGGGAGGCGGUGGGCGGGCACGCCCUGGCCGGGUGGCUGAUCGGCCGCGUCUGGGCGCAGGGG